AUCCUCAAACCUGCCUCCCCUUUUCCAUUCCUAUACUCUUUUUUCUCUCUUGUUAAAUACUCUUUUAUUCUUUCUCUACUAUAUAUACAUACCAACACUUGACUUUAAUCUUUAAUUUACCUUUGUGCAUACCUCUCUCCUCCAACAAGCUAAGUGUUCAAGUGUAAUAUACCACAAUUAGGAGUCCAAGAUCAUAAUAAUGAAGGAGUGUGGGAAGAAUAGCAGCUCACCAUGUGCAGCUUGCAAGUUAUUGAGAAGAAGAUGUGGUCAUGACUGUGUCUUUGCACCUUAUUUCCCUGCUGAUGAACCCCACAAGUUUGCCAAUGUUCAUAAGGUCUUUGGUGCUAGUAAUGUCAGCAAGAUGUUACAGGAAUUGCCGGAGCAUAAGAGAGGAGAUGCAGUGAGUAGCAUGGUGUAUGAAGCAAACGCUAGAGUUAGAGAUCCAGUGUAUGGAUGCGUAGGAGCCAUUUCAUCUCUCCAACAGCAAAUCGAUAUGCUCCGGACUCAACUGGCCAUGGCCCAAGCUGAAGUGGUCCAAUUGAGGCUAAGACAAUCCACAGGCAUUAUUAAUAAUAGCCCACCAAAUAAUGACUCUCCCAUUACGAGCUCCCAGCCCAAAGGAUAUUCCCAUUUCCAUAUGGAUUUAGAUGUAGACCAGUCCAACUGCUUCAAUGAGCCCAUGUGGCCAUAUUAGUAAAUGAGUUUCGUCUAUUUUAAGUUCAAAAAUUCCCAUGUGUCCUUUUGCCUCUAUAUCUUUUUCUUACAAAGGGCAAAGGUGAUGAUUAGGUUGCUGUUUGUGAGUGUGUUAGAAUGAAAUCAAACCCUUUAUGGGGUGUAUUAGCAUGAGUUCAUACAAAACCCUUCAAGUGGUGUUGGCCUUUUGGCCAAAUUGAUUAUACUAUUAUCUUUGUUCUUGUG